CGGCGGGGGGGGAAAGGUGAUCGGAGGCCGGUCAGCAAAUGGAGGGUGGUCGGUCCUGAGAGCCCCUGCCGUCGGCUCGGCGCGGGUCUCCCGUUUCAAAAUAACAAAAAAGGAAAAGGGCCCGAAGCAAAAGUUUGGGCAUCUUGCAUGUAUGCAACGCUUGGAAGAGAGUGUUCAUUGGUGAGACUCUGAAGCUGUGAACAUGGAAACAUUCGGGGCAGAAGAUGAUAUUUCUAUUUUGAAUCAUGAAGAAGCAAGUCCUGAAGCAACACCUUUCAGGUAUAGUCCUAUUGCAGGUUCUUCAGGCGAUGAAUCUGUUGGUUCCCACUUUGCACUUGUCACGGCCUACGAAGAUAUCAAAAAACGAUUAAAGCAAACGGAGACUGAAAAUUCUUUCUUGAAGAAAAAAACUCGGAUGCUGGAAGAAAGGCUUCUUAAUGCUUCUCUUGACAAUGAGAGAAGUUCCUUUGAACAAGAGGGAGUGAAUAAAGCUUACCAGGCUUAUCGGGAAGUCUGUAUCGAAAGGGACAAGAUGAGACAGAGACUGGAGAGCAUGGUCAAGGAACAGAUGGAUUCUGUCCGAAUUCUGAAUGAAGCACUACAGGCUAAAGAAGUAGAAAUUCUUCAGCUAAGAAGUGAAGUUGAAACCCGUCAAGUGAUGGAUGACCUGAACAAAACCCAUAAUUCCUGGGAGUUAGACAAAUCAAGUAAUGAAAUAAAAGUGCAUACCUUGAACCAACAACUGGAAAUUCUUAAACAAGAGUGCACUUUCCUAAGAGAAGAGCUACAAAAUUAUAAGCUGAAGGACCUCAGCCUGGAUGCAUGCGGGUUUAAAAGAGAGGGUCUGAACGAUGAAGAAACAGUGAGAGAAGUUAGUCUGCAGAAACCAUACCAGGAUCUGAAGAGAGAAAUGUCUAACUUACACUUGGUGACAAAAACGCAAGCUGAGCUUCUGCGAAAACUGUUAGCCACACACGGCUCAACAAAGAAUGUUCAAAGCCAAGGUUUGUUACGAGAAAAACUGGAGCUCAGUUCUUCGGGAGCAAAAUAUCAAGUGCUACGUCCUUCAUCAGCAGAUGCUGGUGUGAAAAUUUCCAAAUUAACUACCACUGAUCGCUUCCAGCAAGAUACAGCAACUUAUUGUGACCAAGAGUUCCUUUUACCAUGGGCAAAUUCACGACCCAGUCCUGUCGGCAGCGCUGCCUUUGAAGAAAGUGUCUCUUGUGGAAAGGGCACAAUUGAUGAUAACUCAUGGGUAUUUCCAAACCGACCAGUGGACAGUCCAAGCGAUGCUGCUUUCUGGAAAACUGGAAAUAAUUCUGGCUCUUCAACUGUGAAAAUUCCCGUUGUGAAUAUUUGUGAUCCAUUUUUGUUCCAGAGCUGAGCUGUGUAAAUUGUGAACAUUCAGCUAGAUGGUAAAAUAUUUGUAAAGUAUUUUUAAAAAGCUGAUUUAAAGGGGAUUGGAUUAGCUGGUGAUAAAAGCUUUUAAUUUAUAUCUGAAUUCAGGAAGUAAGUGUGGAUGUUGCUUCAGAAACAUACGGCAAGAAAACCAUCUGUAUAUCAAACAAAUAUAAUUGAAAUAAGUGUUUAUAUUCUGAAGCUUUAAUCGUCACUUGGGCAUGUCUGUGAAUAUGGAAAAUGUAACUGAAAUUCUCAAACUUCGCCUUAAGUAAUAAAGUUCAAAAAUAUAUUAUGAGAUAAACUCAAAUCUCACCUCUUAUUUAUUAAACUGUGUUUGAAGACAUAUAAAUGAAACACAUGCAUUCUCAUUGAAAAUAAAUACUAUUCUGUGACUAAAAAUAUUUUAGUUGAUCAUCCUGCAUUGAAUUUAUUAGUUUAAUUUUGAUUUCUCUAGAAGUAGGAUGUAAUGCUAAAGUUGUACAAGGCAUUGGUAAGGCCAAAUUUGGAAUAUUGUGUGCAGUUCUGGUCACCGAAUUAUAGGAAAGAUAUCAAUAAAUUAGAGAGAGUGCAGAGAUGAUUUACUAGGAUGUUACCUGGGUUUCAGCAAUUAAGUUACAGAGAAAGGUUGAACAAGUUAGGUCUCUAUUCAUUGGAGCGUAGAAGGUUGAGGGGGGAUUUGAUCGAGGUAUUUAAAAUUUUGAGAGGGAUAGAUAGAGUUGACGUGAACAGGCUGUUUCCAUUGAGAGUAGGGGAGAUUCAAACUAGAGGACAUGAUUUGAGAGUUAGGGGGCAGAUGUUUAAGGGAAACACGAGGGGGUAUUUCUUUACUCAAAGAGUGAUAGCUGUGUGGAAUGAGCUUCCUGUAGAAGUAGUAGAGGCCAGUUCAGUUGUGUCAUUUAAGGUAAAAUUGGAUAGGUAUAUGGACAGGAAAGGAGUGGAGGGUUAUGGGCUGAGUGCGGGUAGGUGGGACUAGGUGAGAUUAAGGGUUCGGCACGGACUAGGAGGGCCAAGAUGGCCUGUUUCCGUGCUGUGAUUGUUAUAUGGUUAUAUGGUUAUAAGUGCCUCCAUGCUUUUUUGUAUAUAUGAUUUCUAGAAGAUGCCUCUCCUAACCUCAGUGCCAAACUUGUCCAAAACAUUGGAAAUAGUUGCUUUAAAAAUAAGAUCAAGCAUCUACUGUAGAUUUCUCUAAAAACUGUAUAAUUUGUGUUUACAUUGAGUGUGUAAACAAUGGAAAAUUGUUGUGUAGCCUGUUGGCUUUUCCUGUAUAAUUCCUUCUCUCUUAUGACUUUUGCUAGGAAAGAGAAUGAAUUGCUCCCAUUGACCAUAAAGUUGCUAUUGCUGUUCUGCAGGUUCUCAGGUGAUUGAAGAACCUGCUUUUGGAUCUGCAGGUUUUGCCAAAGUGAUUGGUUGUGGGGGAGGGUAAAGCAGGGAGAGGAGGUGCUCGCUGGGAUUUAUAGUUGGUCGUGUGGGAGAUGGUAUACUCCCUCCUUUCCAACAGUCUUCUCUGUACUCGCAGUGCAUGAAAGGGAUUAUUAGCACCAUCACAAACGUUCCAUCUCCACUUUAAACGGACAUGGAUUCCCCGCAGUCAGCUUUUGAAAACUUUUUAAAUGUUUUUAUUGAGCUACAGCAUGGAAUAGGCCCUUCCAGCCCACUGAGCAAUACCACCUAGAAAUCCCUCCAAUUUAAUUCUAGCCAAUUGCAGGACAAAUUACAAUGACCACUUAACCUACCAACUGGUAGAUCUUUGGAUUGUGGGAAGAAACCAGAGCACCACAUGGUCACACGGAGAACGUAGAAACUCCUUACAGGCAGCGGUAGGAAUUGAACCCGAGUAUCUGGUACUCUAAAACUUAGUGUUAACCACGACGCCACAGUGCAUCCCUACCUUGAACCUUUUGCUUGGUCACUUAGUAAUUUUUCUAUUGUUUGCAUUGAAGAGCCUGAUAAAAGGUGCAAUUGAAUUGCAGCAUCGCUAUCUUAAAACUGCAAUAAGACAUUUUAAAAAAAAACAAAAUGUUUAAAAAAAAACAAAAGGCGGCGAGGGAAGGAGUACAAGCUGAAAGGGGAUAGUGAGAUCAGGAGAAGGGGAAGGUGGUGGCGGGGGAGGGUGGGAUGGAUAGAAGGGUGAAGAGCUAAAGAAGAAGGAUUCUGAAAGAAUCAGAAUUAAAAUCUGGUUUAUUACCACUGACAUAUAGUACUGUGUAAAAGUCUUAAGCACCUAUGUAUAGCUAGGAUGCCUAAGACUUUAACACAGCACUAUAGUAAUUUGAUAUAUUGCACUGUACUGCUGCCAGGAAAAAAUAAAAAUUUCAUGACACGUGAGUAAUGAUUAAUCUGAUUCUGCUAUGGGUCUCUAUUGUGGACUGACAAUGGGAAGGGGGCAGAGAGGGAAGUACCAGAGAGACAUUCUGUAAUGAUCAGUAAACCCAGUGUUUGGAAUCAAAUGACCUUGCCUAGGGUUUCAGGGCUGGAUGUGUCUGCAGCUGUGGCACUCCAUGUCCCUGGCACUCCUCUGCCACCUGUCCCACAUCCCUCCCUCACCAUACCCAACAGCCUUAGCUGCCACCAGAUUUACAAACUCACUGUCUGUUUCACAUUGACAAAUACAGUAUUGUGCAUCCUAGGCUUAGGCAUCCUAGUCGUGUGUGUGUGUAUAUAUUUGCACAGUACUCUAUGUUGUGAAAUUUGUUUCAUGACAGCUGUACAGUUCAAUACACAAAAAGACUAUAAAUUACAAUAAGAAAUAUAAAAAGUAAGUAGUGCAAAGAGAGAAAUAUAGUGGCAUAAUGUUCAUGGACUCUUCAGAAAUGUAAGGGCGUCAUCAGAACUCUGAAAACAUUUGUAGACGUCUCCGACCAGGCCAAAUUUCCACUUUCCAGUAAUUCAAAUAUAACUGCAAAGUCUCAUUGAAAAUUGUUCCUCAUUUUAAUAGUAACGUUCUCCAUUUCAAUGCUUUUGAAUUUUAAUAGUGACUUGUCAUAUUUUGUAAUUACCAUUUUUUGCCCAUUUAUUGUGUUCUAUUGCAAUCAUUUGCAUCAGCUUAGUGCUAUUUACCUCUCAUUAUGCACAAUCUGAGUAAUUAGUGGAAGCAUAAUAUGGCACUGAAGUAAAAUUGAAUUUUAGUUAUGAUCGAAAAUAUUUCCUUAUGCCAGGUGGUAUGGAUAAUCCCUGCUGAUCACUAUUAAAACACUUAGCUAUUUAUGUUUGCAUUGUAGAACAUAAUUAUAUAUGUAUUGUAUAUUGAUUGAAUAAAUGUAUAUUGACCAAAUAUUUUAAACCCUUAUAAUUUAAUGAGGGAAAAUGACUCCCAUUUUCCUGGCUUGUGUCUUUUGUGUAUGUGACAUUGGUGUGGCCUGUAAAUAUACUUUGCUGAUUAAACUCUU